CAUUUUACCCAUUAAACAGAGGUAUUUCUGUUCAGUACGUCACCACUCAGGGGAUUCCAGAAUGUAUUUCCUCUUUCUUAGCUUAGGAACCUGCCCAUCCAGAGACCGAGCCAUCUUCCGGCCCCGAAGGUGUUCAACCAAGUGUGGGGACGUCUUGCGCUUAUAAAACUGGCGGGUCAAUAUCUACAAUUCAUAUUACUUCUUCAAUCUAUUGGAUUGAAUCACAGCCUAUCAAUCGACAUAAUCAUGGCCUCAUAUCCCCUCGGCUUCCGCCUGGCGCAAGCUAUUGGCAUCUCCGGCGCCGCCUGGCUCUCUGGAAACAUUGCCGCCCUUAGCAUGAACGUCACACCUGCAUUACUCCGAUCCCACCGCGAAGACAACGUCCAUCCAGCCACCAUCGCCAAGCAAUGGAGGAACAUGUUUGAGAAUGGAAAGACCCAAAAUCCACCCAUUGCAGCGGCUGUCGCAGCCUCGUUCUUUUAUCUGGCCUGGUCUGUACGGUCCGGUGCCCCCUUGUUCAAACACACAGCAUACAGUCGCUCUGGACUUUUCUCGGCAGCUGCUGUCUUGACGCUUGGCAUCGUACCUUAUACGAUCGUAGCAAUGAAACGUACCAAUGAUACGCUUCUGGAAAAGGCCAAGUCUGUUUCCGAGAUCUCUGAUACGGAGACGUCGACGUUGAUUGAGAAGUGGACCACACUCAAUGCUGUUCGAGGAUAUUUCCCUCUCGCUGCAGCGGUGAUUGGAAUGGUGGCUUCGUUUGUGUAGUACAAUCGAGAUUGUUAGAUG